AAUAUUUAAAAAUCAGCCAUGUUUGCAACCAAAUUGGGAAAGAAAGGGGUCGGCAGGACUCUGUUUGAGAAUUUGAGCAAAUUCAGUUUUUCCUUCGAGCAACAUUACCAAGUACCACCGAGAUACUUCUUUGUGACUCUUAACUAUGCCAAGAACAUUGAAGAGGCAAAGGAGGAGCUAGCUGAGCAUAACUCUAAUAUCUCUAAGUUGCUUCAGGAUAGGAAAAUUAUGCUAAAGGGAACUCUUGCAAAAGAAAAUUCAGGCCAGUUAUUAAUAUUUUCAAAUUGAAGGGAUGAAAUCGAGCCUCACUCAUUCGUGACCAAAAGCCCGCUCUUCAUUGGAGGAUUUGUUAAGGAUUAUGAGAUAAAAGAACUAGACCUUAUUCACAGCGAUAGAGAUGACGAGAUUACACUUCAUAAGGCAUAUACAUAAAUUCAAUAUGAACUUUGG